AUGGUGAUUUGCUUUUGGAGUGUUCCAUUUGUUCACUUGCUCUACUCCAGCCAGAUUGUAAAUGCCAGCAGUGAUUUCCCCAUCUGCUCUUUCAGAAUUCUGGAGUACCUGAUAUGUAACCAGAGCAGCAGUAACAGCUUUCGUAAGAGAAGAUCAGUCAAAGUUCUCGGAGGUCCAUUUUACAAAGAUUAUUCAGAAUACACAGACCACACUGAUACUGUGGAUGACAAAAACACCAAGUCCACAAAUUUUCAUGAAAAUUCCCAUUAUUACUUUUUUUUGGAAGAGCACGGAGAAGAAAAUCUUGGAUUUGGCCAAGAGCUCAAGAACCCCCAAAUGGAAGACAUCCAGACCUUUGACAGUCAUUAUGACUAUCCUGUCUGUGGAGGCAAUGAAGAUGUAAUAUGCACUCCAGAGCCCGAUGAGUUUAACCCCUGUGAGGAUAUAAUGGGAUAUCAAUUUCUGAGGAUUGUGGUGUGGUUUGUGAACCUGCUGGCCAUCCUAGGUAACGUUUUCGUCCUUUUCAUCCUUCUCACCAGCCAUUAUAAACUGACUGUACCACGCUUUCUGAUGUGUAACUUGGCCUUUGCUGAUUUUUGCAUGGGGUUAUACCUCCUCCUGAUCGCUUCAGUGGAUCUCUACACCAGGUCAGAGUACUAUAACCAUGCUAUAGAGUGGCAGACUGGGCCUGGUUGCAACACAGCUGGCUUUUUCACAGUCUUUGCUAGUGAACUUUCUGUGUACACACUGACCGUGAUCACCCUGGAGCGCUGGUACGCCAUCACUUUUGCCAUGCGCCCGGAUCGAAAGAUUCGCCUCCGGCACGCCUUGGUUAUCAUGCUGGGAGGGUGGCUCUCGUGCUUUCUUCUUGCCCUUUUGCCACUGUUUGGCAUCAGCAGCUAUAGCAAAGUCAGCAUCUGCUUGCCUAUGGACACUGAAACACUGGCGGCCGAAGCCUACGUUGUCUUCGUUCUAGUAUGUAACAUUACUGCUUUUGUCAUCAUCUGCGCCUGCUACAUAAAAAUUUACGUGACUGUGCGAAACCCUCAGUACAAGUCAGGGGACAAAGACACCAAAAUUGCCAAGCGGAUGGCUGUGUUGAUUUUCACUGACUUUCUGUGCAUGGCUCCCAUCUCUUUCCAUGCUUUAUCUGCCAUUAUGAACAAACCAUUGAUAACUGUCACCAAUUCCAAAAUUUUGUUGGUACUCUUCUACCCACUCAAUUCUUGUGCCAACCCCUUUCUUUAUGCUAUUUUCACCAAAGCUUUCCAAAGAGAUGUGUUUAUCCUGCUAAGCAAGUUUGGUAUAUGUGAGCAUCAGGCUCAAGUCUACAGAGGUCAGACAAUCUCAGCCAAAACCAGCAGUGGCUCUUAUGGGCAGAGAAUCAGCCGAGGUCUAGGUCAGAUUCUUACAAGCAUUCAAGACCCAGUCAAUGAUUACCUUCCUGCUGUGACAACGCAGAACCAAAUUCUCAUGGAAGAAUGCAAGCAAACUGAGCUAUAA